GUGCCGCGUGCAGGUAGUCUCGUGUUCGUUCUCCCCACAUUUCUACGACGCGAUCGAACCUUUUCCCUGCUCGAAAACGAUCCCUCCUAAAACCACCCCCACAAUACCAACCACCGUCCCUCGUUCUAUUCCACGAAUCGAUUAAAAGAGGGUCGAAAAGCAGUUAUUUUAUUAAUUCGCGACAGUCGAUCCCUGGUGGACGGUAAAAGUGGAGCGUCGAUGAAGUUCACGGUGUCUCUGCUGGCUUCGCGGACAUGCAACAGAAUUAUUAUAAAUAUCUCUUAAAACAAAGUGGAAAAUCAUCAUCGACUGUAAUUAAAUCCCACGUUCUCUGGAAAGGGAUCGAAAUUGAACCAGUGAUUUAUCGUGAAAAAUCGUUCAGUGAAUCCAGUGAACCUACGCCAGAACUAUAUCGGAAGUAGCUGAUGAUUCCAACUGAAUUAACCGUGAAAAAUCGUGAAUUCCAAGUGGUAUCGGCGAGAAUUGAAAGAAAACUGUGUCAGUUCGAGGAGCGAACCACGUGGCACAGCGAAGUGGAACGAAAGAUGCAACGGGUCGUUGAAGCCCGGAAGAAAGGAUUCGAACUCAUUCAGAAAACUGAAUCCUUCGGUCACGCUUCUAGGAAUCAUCUAAAAAUUUCCUCCUCGUGAUCAUUCGUAAACAAGAGAAACUACAGUGUUUAAUAUUCCAAGAGGACAAAGAUAUAUUUAUUUAGGAUCGUUAGAAGCUGUUCAGCUGGUAGAUCGAAGAAGUUCGCUCGUCAAACGAGUUUAUGGUUUUUAAUCGAGUCUACGACUUGUCUGGCGACGGGUUCCCCUUGUACAUCCGGCAUGCAAUUGCCGCGUACGAUUCUCCCUCUUCGAUAUUCGCGGAGGAUCAUCGAGCCGGCAGUCUUUCAGAAGGUGGCCACCUGUUUCCCGUACGAGCUGCUUCUUUCUCGCCUUUCCUUCCGUGAAAGCCGUUUGUCCAACGGCAUCCACGAUUAUCCUUAAUAUUUCAUCGUCCUGCGCGAUAAAUCGCUUUAUUGCCGGUUGUAAAUCAACUCCCGUGAUGCGCUAUUAAUCGUACAAGGUAGAUCGGAGGGGAAAUUAAAAAAAGAUAAGGGGAAGACAGUUUUUCCUCGCCUAGAACGGUCUAUCGCUCUAAGGAAACAGAAAAAAGUGGGUUGAAAUGGGGGACGGAGAGUAAACUGGCAAGUGCAGAGGUGCGAUGAAGCGUGGAGCGUGUAGACACGGUAAACAGAGUUACAUACGUAUCUAUCCCCGAGAGGAUUGGCCGCGAGUAGCGGAGCGAAAAUUUCUAUUUGCUCGGGAUCAGACGGAGGAAACAUGUCUGUAAUCUCGAACGUGCCGUUUAUCCGGAUUUCUAAACCAACGACUGGCGGAAAUUGCCUGAUCUUUCGCGUGUGAACUUUGCGGACCUUGGAAGUAUUUUUGUAACCGUGCAGAAUUGUUUCGUCGUGAUUUUUUAAUGAAUCAAAAUGGUGUUAAGAUUCUGAAGAACUAGGAAGAAGAAAAAUUUAAAAAAUUUAGAAAAAUUAUUUUGAGAUGAAACAAAGAUGACACGCGAUAAUUUAUAAGCGAUACAGAGGAUUUUUAAAUAAAAAUGUAAGUGGUAUUUAAGAAAAUGGAAAAAAGACGAUAGCGAUCGGGAAGAUUGCGGAAGAAAAUGUUGAAGUGGAUAAAAGUUCGCCAGGACGCGUCGGCGACGCCGACGCCGCUCGAUCACGAGAAGAAGGACGAGGUGGUGGCAAAGGUCGAAGUUGAAGGAGCGACGCGAGAAGAGGAAGAAGAUGAUAGCGGAAUGGAAAGAGAGGACACACCGUCCAAUAUCGAGCUGAACGAUCUACGAAAAGACCUGUUCUCGCAGCUCCAGUUCUCGCAAGAGAGCGCACUGCCGCCCGACACUCUGCGUCGCGCUUUGGCCGAGAGCUUUCUCGAUCAGCAAAGGUUUCAACUGGGAUUCAUGGACGAUGCAGCGGAAUGUUUCGAAAACAUUCUUCUGCGUAUACAUCUCCACAUCGCCAGCGGAGAAGCCGAAGAUAUGUGCAGUGCGAGACACUGCGUGCCACACCAGAAGUUUGCCAUGACGUUGGUCGAGCAAAGUGUUUGCGGAGCUUGCGGUGCCACUUCGGAGCCUCUGCCUUUUACACAGAUGGUUCAUUAUGUGUCAGCGUCGGCAUUAACGUCACAGGCUCGACAGACAGCUCCGAAUUCUCGCAACAGCCCGGAUCUGUUCGGUCAGCUUCUUCGAAAGGCUGGAGGCAUGGGUGACAUCAGAGACUGUCCGAGCUCCUGUGGAGCUAAAAUUCAGAUCUGUCGGACUCUGAUGAACAGACCGGAGAUCGUUUCCGUUGGAGUCGUAUGGGAUAGCGAACGACCGUCAUUGGAACAUAUUAUGGACGUAUUUGCAACUGUGGGAACGUCUCUCAGGUUGAGCGAUGUUUUCCAUAGCGUGGUGGACUCUCGAUGGGGUGCUUCCACUGUGCACAAUCUUGUGGGAGUUGUUACAUAUUAUGGGAAACACUAUUCUACCUUCUUCUUUCAUACUAAACUGAAGGUGUGGAUCUACUUCGACGAUGCCACGGUCAAGGAAAUUGGUCCUCGCUGGGAGCAAGUCGUGGAGAAAUGUAGGAGGGGACGUUAUCAGCCUCUAUUGCUGCUCUAUGCAACUCCUGGAGGUACUCCAGUUAACACAGAGAACGCACCCAAAACUGUAACACCUUUUCCAAAUGGGAAUGGUUUGAAGACACCGCCGAAAAAUAAUGUUCGCCGAUCGAUCACACCGAGCCCCGAGAAACCAUCGAUCAACAGCACCGCCAGACGUGCCAUCACACCGAAUCCUGACAGUCCUCCUCAUCCCUACACUCAGCACAGGAUCUACAGUGAUUAUCAGAACCUGACUGAUAUCCAAAACAACAUCUUUGGGAAUCAAGGUGUAGAUGUUGUUGAUGGAGAGACAGAAUCAAAGUACAUCAGUCGACGUGCUGUGGAGACUGUCAUGCAGCAACAAAAGAAGCAACAAAUGCAGUUGACACGUAGUCUGAGUGCUGGAUCCACCCCCCAGGAUGCCAUCAGUAUUCCAGACCACCUAAAUGUGCCACGAAGACGAGAUUCUGGGAACUGGUCUGGUGAUCGGAACAGUGCUUCCUCCAGUUCCUCAACCACCAUGGACAAUCCGUAUUUGUAUAUUGUGAAUAAGAUGCAAAGGAAUUCUGGAGUUCCAAAGAGUCCCACCAGCAAGUCUGGAGAACUCUCGAGCAGCAGCAGUGGCCAUUAUGAUGCUGGUUAUGAUUCCUAUUCUUUGUCCUCCACUGAUAGCCUUCCACUGCAGCAGGGUCUUAAGCAUAACCUACAGCUUGCCCAGAUCCCGGAAGGCUACCAAGCGUCCUCUGGCGACGACUGUGAACGCCUCUGCAAGGAAACCGACGCCCUCCUGGACAAAUCCAGAGCAGCAGAGGAUGCAGGUGACCUGAGCACUGCAGUGGCUUUGUGCAGUGCAGCCAGCAGCAAAGCAAGAGCCGCAAUGGAUGCACCCUAUAACAAUCCCCACACGAUCACUAUAGCAAGGAUGAAGCACAACACUUGUGUUAUGAGGACCAGGAGUCUCCAUAGAAGGAUGCUACAGGAACAGGCAACUAUUAAUGGCGACAAAGAAGAAGGUGCACCAGAAGGUAGACACUCGCGAGAGAACAGUAAGUCCAGUCAGCAUUCCCGUCAGAGUUCCCGAGACAAAGGGAACCACUCCAGACAAAACAGUCGCGAACUCCUAGUGAACGCUCCAACCACGACCACAGAGAAGCCAGCCACUAAGAGCAUCGAGAUCUACGCCACUUUGCCCAAGAAGAAGACCUUGCGCAGCAAAGCCACAGCAGUGAACGUGAUCGAGGACGAAGAGUACAUGCUGUACGACCGACCUAUGCAGAGGACAGGAUUGUUCAGUCGUACGAAGCGUUGCGACGACGAUAAGAAGGACAAGAAACGUGCUCGAAGCGAAGAGAGAAAUAAGAACGUUUCAAAGGACUUCUCCAUAGCUCCGUCCCGGGCUUCUCCUUCUCCAAAGGGCGGUAAGGUGGAGAAGUCGAAAGAAAACGUCGACACGGUUGCCAAUAACGCGCGUAACUCCCAGUCCAAUAAUACCAAUGGAGAACAGAAACAAGGUAAGAAGCAGCACAAGAUUCGCAGGAAGUUGUUGAUGGGUGGGCUCAUCAAGAGGAAGAACAGGAGCAUGCCGGAUCUGCGGGAAGGGCAGGACGGGCAGGCGAACACGAACGCGGAGGGAACCUCCAACACCUUGCCGAAGCAGUCAGUGGACGAUUCCAGCGUUGGUUUGAAAGGGAACGAAGUGAACCAGUCGCUGAGCGGUUACUUGUCGGAGGGUCACCUGGAGUUCACCGGACAGGGGAACGGUAGUCCAGGCAGUACGAGCAACCCGAAUCUGGAGAGAAGUCGUCUGAUGAGGAAGAGCUUCCACGGCAGUGCCGGCAAAGUGUUACAUGUGGCGAAGGUACCUCCGCCUCCUCCGCUCAGGACCACUUCUCAGCUUAGCAAGUCUAAGUGUUCGGGCGAAGUGCACAACGAGCAGCAGACCGAGAAAUCCGCGUAUCAGUCGUCAGAGGGACAGUGUACGAAUAAUUCAUCCCAGGAGCAGAAUGGGACCUACUGGAAUCACGUGAACUCGGGGAACGCACCUGGAGGGGCUAACAGGACAUCAAACUAUACGGACUACUCGUCAGAGUCUCAUUCAUUGCCCUUUUUGCCAUCGUAUAGCAUGGACCAGAAUGGCGCGAAUGUGCCAGGAUCGUGUCAACCAGGUUACAAUAACAAACCUAGGAUUCAGGAUGACGUGGUCCAGUAUGCCAAUGGAAUCCUCUAUGAACCCACUUUUGUGGUUACUCGAGCAGAUGUCCACAAUGAACAGAGCCCUGUGAAACAACAGAAUCAACUAGAUUCACUGCCUCCGUAUCCUGAAAGUGGGAACGUAUCCCAUUCCAGACAACCCAGUGAGGAUUUCCCCCCUCCACCGUACCCCUCCAUUCAUUCUGUCUCCCAUUCGAGGCAAGCCAGUGAAGACUUUCCUCCACCCCCUCCACCAAUUGAUGAUUGCUCUAGCCAUGUCCAGGAGAGUCAGCAACAGUAUCAUCAACAGUACCAGCAGCAAUAUCAACAACAGCAAUACCAGCAACAACAAGCCAUGGUCUCCAUGCAACAGCGUCAAUUGCAAUUAGACAGUCAACACAUCAACAGCCUGUUGACGCAGCUACAAGUGAAGAGAGAUCAGAUUUUGACUUCUGAAACUUCCAGAGAAGAGAAGAGGUCUGAGGAUCAGGAGGAAGAGGAGAAAUCCUCCAGUGAAACUUGGCUCCGUGAGCUUCAGGCUAAGCAAGCGGAGAGGAGGAUGAAGAAGCAAGGUUCUCUGGACCAGGAUAUCCCAAAGGUCAGAGCAUCGGGUCCAACCAUCACAGGGCCGACCAUCGCACGAAGAACCAGUGACUUGAUGAUGAACAGCCUCGGCCAGGCCUACGAUCAGGCCAGUCGGGAUGUGACUGAUUGUCCACGCGUUGUUUCUUCAGUAAAGGACAUGGCUGCUAGGUUUGAACAAAUUAAAUUACAACCUGUACCUAAGACGGAAUCGGAACAAAAGGUUCCAACGAAGCAGAAUUGUGUUUCACCUUCUCCAUUAUUGGACCAAUCUCAAGAUACUGAAGAACCAAGACCAAUGAAGCUGUCGACGGAAAAUCUGAGCAAUUUUACGAAACCUGAUGGUACCUCGGGUCAGUCCAUCAUGAACUCCAGCUUCGAAUCCAGUUCCAGUCAGAACACUUUUGUCUCAACAACACCGCCCAACAGUUCCAUACAAACUCAACAAAGCGGAUUGAAUCAAGCACUUAUGUCGAUGUCCUUAACCUUGCCACACGAAAAUGGUCUACCUAUUGAUUAUCCUGAAGACGACAUCAGCGAAGUCGCCAUGCAGAACACUAUCCAGAAUACGACGAUCCUGCCGAGCGAAGAGGAUAUAGCACCCAGGAAGGUGAAACGACGAAUCGGGAAGAAGAAGAGCGUAUCGUUCUGCGAUCAAGUGGUUCUGGUAGCCACUGCCGAGGACGAUGAGAAGGACUCUUAUAUACCCAAUCCCAUCCUCGAAAGGGUUCUCCGUUCGGCGAUGAAUAAACCAGAAACUGCACAAGUUCUUCGAGAGAUAAGGAGUCUACAGGAAGCUGAAAUGAAUAGAGAGAACUGCACUGCUACUAAGUUCCAACAGCAAACUUUGCCACUGAAAAGCGAAGCUGACAGUGUUCCAGCGACCCCCUACCAAGAUCAGCUGAGAAGCGUGAACCCUAUACCAAUUCCAGACACCAUCAAGCCCACUUUUGGAAGACAGAACUCCAACGAAUCUGUAGGGUCAUUAUCAGAAAAAAAACUGUGUGGUUUCAACGGGAACGAAGGGCAAGACGUAGUCAGGGAGACCUACACAGGUCUGCCUAAUGUCUCUAAGCCACCAACCUCGUAUUCCCCACAGCUUCAGCAGCAAAUAAGAUACUCCCAAAAUGGAUACAUGCCAUACUUGCAGUCCCAGUCAUCGUACCCUCAAGCACAGACAUCUCAUCCAAGGAAUCAAGGUAUUCCCUUAUCUCAGACACAGAAACCAGCUAGCCCGUAUCCUACUCAACUCCAUGGGCAAUAUGUCCAGAACAAUGUACAGCAACAAAAACCAGUGUGUCAGAAGAACACCUACCAGACCUACUAUCAAUUGGAACAACAGCACAAUCAGAUGAACAAACAAAUAUCCCAGCAACAACAACAGCAACAGCAAAACAUAAACCAGAGGAUUGCGAAUCAUAAUGCGAGUCCCAUAACAGUUCAGCAUUCUCAGCAACAAUUUGCAUACCCUCCAACUCAAUCGCCAAGUCCUUAUCCGAAUCAGUACACCCAUAGUUCCUAUCAAGGUUAUCCCUAUCAGUCUGUUCCUCAACAGAACAGGAUCAACCAACCACUGCCACAGUAUCAACCUCCUCCCAAUCCACCAGCAACCUAUCAGCAACAGCAGAAUGUUCAGAAUUACCAACAGAGGCAUGAUAAUUAUCAGAGACCACCAGCUCAGAAAGGAGACCAACAGAACAUCCUGGCACCAAAUCAGACGUAUCCAAAUCAGUUACAGAAUGGUCAGAUACAAUCUAAUAUGAAAUAUCCCACUUAUCAGCAUCCACCUGUAUCCAAACAGAGCAAACAGAUGCACUUUGUGUCUGCAUCAAAAACUAAUGGAACGGUGAGUCAAUCCACGUCUCCCUUGCAGAAAGCUGUCGUUGGAGGUGCAGCUAGAACCGCCCCCUGUCAUCUCUGCAGAAAGAAACAGGUAACUGAACCAGCGAUCUAUUGCUCGGAUUGCGACUUCUACAUGUCCCGUUUCCGGCCGAAGAACUGAAAUCAUGUGUGUAUUAGAUGAGUGAAAAGUAUUCGUGAAAACACUUUCUGGAGUUGUUGUAGAGUAGAUACUGAAGUUGUAGAACAGUGCUGUUCGUGUUGGACACUAAAGCUUGGGUAGAUUCCUCGUGUUUGUCUCUCUUAUUAUAAGUUAGGAUAAAAGAAUUCGAAGAAGGAUUAAUGUAGCUGAAUUAGUAAUCAUGUGAAGAAGCUACGAUGGUAACUUUAAAACCUUUUUUUUUACUUUUAAGGGUUCCCUUCUAGGUUUUUGAAGUCUAAUUAAUUUUCAUCGCAAAUUGUUACUGUAAAUUUAUUCUGAACAUAAUUUCAUCUUUAAAAAGUAUUCUACUUUUUCUCGUUAUAUUUCUUUCGAAAAUGUUACUUAUCGUGAAAUUAUAAUUAAUUUUAGAAGAACUAGGAUUCCUUCUGUUUUGUACAAAGUUAGAAUAGGUGUAAGUUUGUAUCAUUGAUGACCUUCGUCGAGCAGCUAUUAACUAUGUAUUCUUACCAUCGUGUAUCUAGCGAUCCUUGUAAUUAAUUAGUUUGUAAUUUACAAUAGGGGAACGUAUUAUUACGCGUUUUUAUACAGCGAUCGUUGUUUCAUGCUUUGUACCUUUUUAGACAGACUUAACCGAGUAAGUUUGGUCUUUUAAAAUUGCGUUGUACAUAAAUCGUUUCGUAGUUUAAGUUCCUGUAUAAAAAUCUUUUUUUUUUUUUAUUGCAGCGUUAGGUUAUAAAACCUAAGCGGAGCGUUCUUUUUACUCUCUUUAAUUUUAGGAGCACGUUUUAAGGCCACAGUUGUAUUUCGUUCGAGAGACAGAUUUGUCAGAAUUGUGAUACUAGCCAUGCUGCAUAGAAUUUUAUCCCAUUUUAACGUAGAAACGAUGCAUAUAGUCGCACAAAAAAUAGAAAAAAUAAUAAAAUAAUAAAAAUAAAAAAAAUGAAAGCGUAUGAGGAAUCGUGGUGGGAACAUGAUCUCUGAUGAAAGCGUGAAUUUUUAUAUUUUAUGUUGAUAGGCGUUGAUGUUAUAUACAUAUAUAUAUAUAUAAUAUACAUUAUGUACUUAACACGGUUACGUUUUAUUGUACUAUUGUGCACGUGCUAGAUCGAUGUACAAAUCCCGGAUUUUAUACGUUUUUUAAUGAGUAUUUUGUUUUAAAAAUACUUAAUUUUCUCCCGUAUGACAAUUGAAAUAAAGAGCUGUCAAAAUAUUUCAA